UCCUCCUCCUCCUCGUCCCGACUUUGUUGCUCUCUUGCCCCGCUAGCUCGUCUCCAGUCUCUCCGGGGGGAGCCGAAGAACAACUCGACAAAGUCCCAAACAUGGAAGGCGACAAUAUAAUAAUGCCUGUUUGACUCGGGGAGAUUUUCCAAGAUGCCAGGUCUUUUGUCCAGUCCUGUGUGUCUGACAGUCAUCUGGUUUUUAUCUUGGUCGCUGUGUUCCAGUCGUGCUCAGAUUUGGACCGAUGAAGUGUCAGAGGUGCAGUACGGGCGCUUGGACUCCAAUGUGACACUGGCAUGCGGGAAGUCACAAAUUAGGAUACCUGUGGUGUGGCAUCUCAACCACAGCUCAGCGUUGCCAUGGCACAAAGUGACAACAGAUGGAUCCUUAGUCCUGCUGCACGUCGACCACUCAGCCCAGGGCAACUACAGCUGCUAUGACGACCAGGGACUCCUCCUCCACUCUGUCAAACUCAGGCUGGGCCAUCCCCCUGGGCUGCUGAGCAUUUCCUGUAAAGUGCCCAAUCACACGCAUGUUCGCUGCUCCUGGGUGGAAUCGGUAAAGACAUUCCUGCCAGCCAAGUACAAUGCCUCCUUCAGGGGGACUAAUCAGGAGUGGAAGCCAUGCAUCGUGGACGUUGCCCGCAAGCACUGUGAUGUAGAUGACCUUGCCUUCUGGCAGACCUUUCAUACCCUUAGAAUCUCAGUGGCCAAUGGCCUUGGGUCCAAGACAACAACUAUACAGAUCAAGUUACAUGUGCUAUUGAAACCAGACCCUCCAGAGGUCGUGUUGGUGAAGGAGCUAGAAGGCUAUCCACAGAGGUUGAACGUCUCAUGGAACUUUCCUUCCUCCUGGCCGUCGCAUGAUGCUUUCCCCCUACUGUUUCACAUUAGAUACAGGCCGCUUGGCUCCAUAUACUGGUCAGAGAUUUACUCAGAGGACAAUUCGGUCAUGGUGUGCGACGCCCUGGCCGGCCACCUCCACCAGGUUCAGGUUCGAGCCCGGGACGAGGUGAACUUGGAUAGUCAGUGGAGCGAAUGGAGUCCCCAGCUUCUAGUCCAGCCCUGGCAAGACGACACCACCUCUGAAUCUGCAGAGGAGAUCCUGCCUGAUGAAAGAUUCCCAGACUAUUUUUUCCCCUUCAACACAAAGACUGAGACCUCCACCGCAAAGUCAGACAAUCAUGGUCUUGAGGAUGAAGGUAAUUUGGGUUUGGUGAUUCUGCUGGUUUUGUUCUCCGUGGUCAUCCUCACCACCGUCCUUUCCCUCAUCUUUGUCGUGUGGGUGAGGCAGAGGCGGCGUGAUCAUGUGAGCAAACACGAACUCACCGCUAUGGUCAAGAUGAAGUCCAUGUCAAUUUAAUGUUGAUUUCAAGCAUCUUCUCCUCAUCAAGCCCGUUCUAGGGCUCCUCCCAAGAGUCAGCCUCUGCCUUUACCACUGUAGCACGCUGACCGUCCGUAUUCACACCACAUUAACCAGAAUGCAUCAGUCAGAGCCCAUCCAGGAUCUACGGUGACAGGGACAAACCCAUACAAGGAAUUUUGCAGAGUAGGGUAAAGUUACCCAGCAUAAAAAAAAGCUGACUGAAGGGUAAGUUUUGCUGGAUAUAUUCAGCAGUCUCAUCUAACUACACUUCCCAUAACGCAUCAGCAGACUCCACCUACUGUCUGUGGGUACAAGGGAAAAGGGACCCUACUCUGUCUCUUUAAAUUCACUUCGGCAACUUCACUGCAAUUCACUCCUCGGCGGACUGCAGGAGCGACACCGCACCGGGACGUUCGAGUUCACUCACAACGAAUGCUGCUUCAGAUGAAUUUUUUUUUUUUUUGGAGAGGGGUGACGACGUUUUUACCUUUUGAACUUCGAGGCAACAAGUACGCACAGGAGGUGCAGCUGGCAAACAGGAGAUGAUAGAUGAAUUUCUGAGGGGAAAAGGUUUUUUUUUUUUUUUUUUUGGGAAAUCUUGCCGCUUUUCUCCCACAGAGAACUCCUCAGUUUUUUUUUUUCUUUUUAAUUCAUUGUGAGAAGUAACAGAUAAAUGUGCGUCCAUUAUUACAUCAACUGACUGACUGACUCAAUGCUGUGAAGGAAGCAUAACUUUUGCCAGUCUCUCUGCGUGCGUCUGAUGCCAAAGCAGCAACUACGGGCAUUAAUGGAUCUCAGCAGGAAGCAGCCUGUUACUGGCUCCUGACCAGAGGGAAGGACAUGGAGAAUAAGGUCCGGGUA